AUGUCGUCAUUGUCGAUGCCUUUAGUUUCAGACCUAGCACCUACUGGACAUUUUUUCCGCGCUUUCAACGGCGAAAGCUUACAAAUUAAAGAGUGGCGGGAGCUGUUGUCAGAAGGGUCUUGUGGAGGAAGAACACGGCUUAGAGGUAUGGAGUUCAAACGUCGCAAUGGUGCCCCUCUCAUGGGUGGUGCAUCCCAGGCCAAGCGUGGUAAAACGACUGACGAAUGGGAGGACAGUCCGUCCCAGUUUGAGGAAGAACUGUCAAUGUUUGAUGACGUAGAGAUCGAUAUGGAUGACAUGGAGGGACAGGCGGGACAUGAUGUCAUUCCCGUGGGUAACCUUUUCUCAGCAGACCAGAACCCUCGCUGGAGGAGGCCUAACGCCCCCUCAUUGGACCCAUCCUCUGAUACCUUGGUGUUCCAGCAAAUUGAUCUCGACUACUACCUGGGUGGCUCCAUAGCUGGUAUGCCUGGCCAGUCACAGGGAAAAGUACCAAUCAUUAGGAUGUUUGGUGUAACAGACAGUGGCAACAGUGUGUGCUGUCAUGUUCACGGCUUUGCACCUUACUUCUAUGUUCCUGCACCAAGCGGAUUCACAUCUAAUUACCUUGGUGAAUUUAAAAGAGAGCUGAACUCUGUUGUUCUUAAGGACAUGCGCUCCAAUAAGGACAAUAUCUCUGUCACAGUGCUCGCUGUGGACAUCUGUCGCAAAGAAAGCAUGUAUGGCUACCAUGGGCAGCGCAGUCUGGAUUUUUUGCGGAUAACAAUGGCGAUGCCUCGUCUCAUUGCGCCUGCAAAGCGCCUGCUUGAACAGGGCUUUACGUUUGGACCGUUUCCCAUCCAGAGCUACCAGGCCUAUGAAGCUAACAUAGAUUUUGAAAUCAGGUUUAUGGUGGACAGUGAUGUAGUGGGAUGCUGCUGGAUUGAACUUCCCAAAGGCAAGUACAGCGUCCGUGAAGAGAAGAGCUCAGUGAACCCAGUUUCUCAGACCCCAAGCAAGGUUUCUUUGUGUCAGUAUGAAGUUGAUGUCGGAUGGACAGACUUCAUAAGUCACCCUGCAGAGGGAGAAUGGCAGAAGAUCGCUCCACUUAGGGUGCUUAGCUUUGACAUAGAGUGUGCAGGAAGAAAAGGAAUUUUCCCUGAACCAGAUAAAGACCCAGUGAUUCAGAUCGCCUCGAUGGUCCUACGGCAGGGUGAGACCGAGCCGUUCAUUCGCACAGUGUUCACCCUCCAGUCCUGCGCCAGCAUCGUUGGCUCCCAGAUAUUAUGCUUUACUCAGGAGAAAAAGCUUCUUCAGAGCUGGGCAGAGUUCUUGAGGACCGUGGACCCAGACAUCAUCACUGGAUACAAUAUCCAGAACUUUGAUUUUCCCUACCUGCUCAACAGAGCGGCUGCUUUGAAGGUGGAUCAUUUUCCAUACUUGGGCCGAAUGCAAAGCAUCCAAUCAGUUCUGCGAGAGUCAAGUUUCCAGAGUAAGCAGAUGGGACGCAGGGAGAACAAGACCAUCAACAUGGAGGGCCGAGUUCAGUUUGAUCUGCUGCAGGUUCUUCUAAGGGAUUACAAGUUGCGCUCCUAUACGCUGAACGCCGUGAGUUUCCAUUUUCUGCAAGAACAGAAGGAGGAUGUACAACACUCCAUCAUCACUGAUCUGCAGAAUGGAAAUGAACAAACACGGCGUCGUUUGGCAGUGUACUGCCUGAAAGACGCCUACCUACCGCUCCGUCUGCUGCAGAAACUGAUGUGCGUGAUUAACUACAUGGAGAUGGCCAGAGUGACGGGAGUUCCUCUCACUUACCUGCUCUCAAGAGGACAGCAGAUCAAAGUGGUCUCUCAGCUGUUGCGACAGGCUAUGAAACAGGACCUGGUAAUGCCUGUUGUGAGGACCGAGGGGGGAGAAGACUACACAGGAGCAACAGUCAUUGAGCCAGAGAAAGGAUACUACAGCAUUCCUAUCGCCACCCUGGACUUUUCCUCCUUGUAUCCGUCCAUCAUGAUGGCUCACAACCUGUGCUACACCACCUUGUUGCAGAAAGGCUCUGCUGAGAAACUUGGGCUGUCACCAGAUGACUUCAUCAGGACUCCUACAGGUGAUCAGUUUGUGAAGAGCUCUGUGAGAAAGGGUCUUCUUCCAGAGAUCCUGGAGAACCUGCUGUCUGCCCGAAAGAGGGCUAAAGCAGAGCUAAAGAAGGAAACCGACCCUUUCAAGAAACAGGUGCUGGAUGGUCGUCAGCUAGCCCUGAAAAUCAGUGCAAAUUCUGUGUAUGGCUUCACUGGGGCCCAGGUGGGCAAACUGCCCUGCUUGGAGAUCUCACAGAGUGUCACUGGUUUUGGAAGACAGAUGAUUGAGAAAACCAAACAGCUGGUGGAGUCCAAAUAUACAAUUUCUAACGGCUACCAAGCUGAUGCCAAGGUGGUUUAUGGGGACACAGACUCCGUCAUGGUCAAACUCGGUGUCUCCACCGUAAAGGAAGCCAUGGAUAUUGGGAGGAAAGCAGCUGAAUGGGUGUCAUCCCAUUUUACACCACCCAUCAAGUUAGAGUUUGAGAAGGUGUAUUACCCAUACCUGCUGAUCAAUAAGAAGCGCUACGCAGGCCUGUAUUUCUCCUCCAGUCCAGACACGCAUGACAAGAUGGACUGUAAAGGCAUCGAGACAGUCCGCAGAGACAACUGUCCUCUAGUGGCCAAUCUUAUCAACACUUGUCUACAAAUGAUCCUCAUUGACAGGGAUCCUCUAGGUGCUGUGGAUCAUGCAAAGGAAGUGAUCUCAGACCUGCUGUGCAAUCGCAUUGACAUCAGUCAGCUGGUCAUCACUAAAGAGUUGACGCGUACAGCCCAGGAGUACGCUGGCAAGCAGGCACACGUGGAGCUGGCGGAAAGGAUGAGGAAAAGAGAUGCAGGUAGUGCCCCAAACCUGGGUGACAGAGUUCCCUACGUUAUCAUCAAGGCUGCAAAGGGAGCAGCAGCUUACAUGAAGUCAGAGGACCCGAUCUAUGUGCUGGAGAACAAUAUCCCCAUCGACACACAAUACUACCUGGAGCAGCAGCUGUCCAAACCCCUACUGAGAAUAUUUGAGCCUAUCCUGGGGGAGACCAAGGCGGAGAGUGUCCUUCUAAAGGGCGACCACACUCGCUGUAAGACCGUGUUGACCUCGAAGGUUGGAGGCCUCAUGGCAUUCGCCCAGAAGAGAAGCACCUGCAUUGGCUGCAAAGCUGUGCUCAAGACUGAUGCGGCUGUGUGUGAUUUCUGCAAAAAGAAGGAGUCUGAACUUUAUCAAAAAGAGAUCUUCCACCUGAACGCGUUGGAGGAGCGUUUCUCCCGUCUGUGGACUCAGUGCCAGCGCUGCCAGGGUUCGCUGCAUGAAGAUGUGCUCUGCACCAGCCGCGAUUGCCCAAUCUUCUACAUGAGGAAGAAGGUUCAGAAGGAUCUGGAUGACCAGAGCAAGCUAGUGUCUCGAUUCAGAUGGUGAUAAACCCAUAUCCUGAAGGCGAAGUCGGACUCAAUCCUCUACCUGUAUGUUC